AUGAGAAACUCCGAUCCCGCGCUGUGCUGGCUCAGUGAUAGGAGUGGGGGUACACCAACCACGAAGCAGCCAUUGAAUCCCGAGGAGAGCGUGUUUGAGAUCAAACACUUCCGCGAGGACUACAAGACCACGGACCUGAUGGUAUCUGUGGCGUCCUUUACCCGUGAAGUGACGGUAGAGCAGAUUGCGACGCCAGACCUACUGGUGGCCGAGAUCCUCAAUGUCAUGCGCUUGUAA